GGGUAUUAUCAAUCUAUGAUCAGUAUCGCUAGAGAUGCUUGAUGGUGAUUUUGAUUUUUAGCCUGCGUCCUUUCAACAUAAUGUGACACUCAGUCUCAAUAGUACCACGACAGCCAUGUCUUCAAAUCUCGUCGCCUCCACCUCUGGUGCUGCCACCUCUGGAGGUACCAGCAAUGAGGGGGGUACUAGUACUACUACGGGAACGGGCACGGGUAAUAACAACAAUCUGGUCCUUGAGGAGGAGAUGGAUGAAAACUAUGAGCCUACCGAAGAGGAAAUCGCAGAAUACGCAGAAUGGCUGGGAAUGGUUUUACCACAGGAUAAAGAUUAUGACAGAGACAGACAGAUUAUUCCUCCUUUUUAUUCCAGACUGAUGUAGGAACCAGGAAAGAUUAUUGCUGUCUCAUUCUUGAUCAACUGAAGAUGAUGAGGAUCAUAAGCUGUGCAGGACGAGUACUAUUUUCCACCUUUAAAUCUUGGGGCCGUAGCCAUAUUGGCGCAAGGCCUCGUCCUUGUUGCCCGUUUUUACCUACCGACAGAGAAACCCAACCGCAAGCGCAACAUAUUUAAAAAUGCCUAGGAUCUUCCAUUGUUGACUAUAUACACGUAUGGCUGCGCAAAACGAUGAACAAAUCAAACUUACUCAUCAUUCAUCCUCUAAUACAAAUCAAUCAAUCACUUACUCAUCAUUCAUCCUCUAAUCCCUACUACUUUGGAUAGCGAAAGAAGGGCUCAAAGCGCCAUUGCCCAAUCCAUGGAAGCCUUGCCAGACGCAAGAAGGCGAGAUCUUUUAUUUUAACUUCGAUUAUGGUGAAGAUGGUCAGCUUUAGCCUUUAGAGGGUUUAGGGUUUCAUAAUUUUCAUACUAUGCAUCUCUUUUUAUAAUCAAUAAAGGACGUAGGCCUACCUUUUUAUAAUCCAUAACCACGGAGCUGCUUCAGCUUCUAUCCAUCUUACUCAGCAUCUCUUCGCUUCCCUACUUCUGCAGCUCCCACUUUAAUCCCCCUCACCCCCUUCUGCAGCUCCCACUUACAAGCCCUUCCUUUAAUCCCCCUCACCCCCUCUUGCAAACUUUCGGAUCCACCCCUGGAGUGGGUUUUCUACUACUACUACUAGUUGUACUGCUACUAUUAAGGGUAGGUUUAAGGUGUUCUUAUUACCGUUUGGUAUCUUAUGGCUCUCCUAAGGGAGACAGACAUAAAAAGCGGGAUAUACGAACACCAAAAACCUACCUCUCAUACUACUUGAAGUUUAUCAGACGCAAGAAGAACCCUAAGCCCUUUAUCAAGAAGGGACCGAAAUGAAUAAAAGCACUGUCUAAGCUGCGAGCGGGGAAAGCGUCUGGGAUCACCCAUGCGACGAGCAUUAUCGCAAGGUUUUUGAUGAAGAAAAAAAGAAACGAGAUGAGGAGAAGAAGUAA